GGAACUCAAACCGUCCCACCUCCCUCUCUUUCCCAGUAAGAGACGCUCCAAACUUUGGGAGCAGAGCAAAGAAACUCUCCAAAGAGUUUUCAACUCGUGCUUCAGGACUGUACGGUGCAGGCAGAGAGAAAGUCUUAGAAAGAAGGAAACUGAGCCGCGGGGAGAGUCGGGAAAAGCAAAGAGGCGGAAUGGUCCUCCAGCCGAGGUGCACAUGUGAGCCAAGAGGCCACCGGUAACUUUUUUUUUUUUAUUCUUCAAAGAAACAAGGGCAGAGCGAGAAGAGGAGAAAUAAGUGAGAAACACUCUGAGAGCUGACUGUCAGGAGUGUCCUGUCACCUCGACACGAUGGUCUGCCUGCUUGGGUUCACCGUGGUCUUCUUGAGCGCUCUCCUGCACCAAGCGGCACCCUGGGGCGCAGGCCGACCGGACAGACCGAAGCAGUGCGACGCACCGAAGUCGCAAAGUGACAUGAACUCUUUCCUAUGGAGGGUCAAGCGUCCGCCUCCUCAUCCACCCUCUUACUUAUUCGGUACCAUCCACGUGCCCUACACCCGAGUCUGGGACUUUAUUCCCGAUCAGUCGAAGCGAGCUUUCCACAACAGCCGCAACGUUUUCUUCGAGCUGGACCUGACCGACCCUCUGACCAUCUCCAAGCUGACCAGCUGCCAGUUGCUCCCCCACGGGGAGAACCUACAGACGCUGCUACCUCGAGACCUGUACCGCCGCCUCAAACGCCACCUCGACUACGUGAAACACAUGAUGCCCUACUGGAUGACCCCAGACCAGCGAGGACGCGGCCUGUACGCUGACUACCUGUUCAAUGCCAUCGCAGGGAACUGGGAGAGAAAAAGGCCCGUGUGGGUGAUGCUGAUGGUGAACUCGUUGACGGAGUGGGACGUAAGAUCCAGGGGGACUCCUGUGUUGGAUCUGUUUUUGGCUCAAGAGGCUGAGAGGAUGGGGAAGACGACGGGGGCUGUGGAGCGGGUGGAGGAGCAGUGCCACCCCCUGAAUGGGCUAAACUUCUCUCAGGUGCUGUUUGCUUUGAACCAGACGCUGCUGCAGCACGAGGGCGUCCGAGCAGGCAGCCUGCAGGGCUCCUACACCACUGAGGACCUCAUUACCCACUACAACUGUGGUGACCUAAGCUCCAUCAUCUUCAACCAUGACACUUCACAGCUGCCUCACUUCAUCAACAGCUCCCUGCCAGCUCAUGACCGCUUGACAGCACUGCAGAUUGACAGCUACUUCCGCCAGGAGCUCAUUUACAAACGCAACGAGCGCAUGGCUCACCGUGUGUCCAGCUUACUGAAGAGAAAUCCCAACCAGACGUACUUUUUUGCUUUUGGUGCAGGUCACUUCCUUGGGAACCACAGUGUGCUGGACAUCCUGAGGCAGGAGGGCUACGAGAUCAUCCACAUGCCCUCUGAUCACCAGGAGCCAGUCACAGAGACUAAACCAACUGAAAAACCCAAAGGGGGAAAGGAGGAGAUCUCAGACACAUUCGCAGCAUCUCCCAGCAGCUGGCUAACCACUCCACCAGAGACGGAGAUUGAGCUGGAGGAACCAGAGGACAUGCCUGGCCUUGGAGACGAGGAGCUGCCUCACUUGCUGCUCCCUGACAGCCUGAGCCAGCUGGAGGAAUUCGGCCGACACAAACGUCCUCACAAAGCUCACCGCGGCGGCCAUGGGAGACCCCGCCUAUUCAGCGACCUAUGGGUUCGAAUUGGAGACAGCACUACUCCACCACCUACUGUGAGGAUAAUCAAUGGUUACGUGACAGUGGCGCCUCCGCUGACCCAUCAGGAGCAGCGCAGACAGGUGGAGAUCUUCACUACAGAGCGCCAUCCCAGUCCAGCUUCCUCCACCCCGCCUAACCCCAGCUCGGCACAGCCAGCCUCAGUCCACAGCACAGUCACACUGUCCUGUAUUUUAGCCUGGCUGCUUUCACACAUGCUGUUCACCUCCUGACCAGAAGACAGCUUGAUCUCAAUGACAAAAACUUGAGACACUUCUGCCUCGGUACCAGAGCAGUGCAAUGUACCUGAUAGGCAGUGAAUGACCAUCAGCACGUGCAGGAAAGAGACAGAUGAAUGUUUUUUUCAGCCAGAGGAAGACAUUCUUAUGUAGGAUGACCCUGCUGUCGGCCAUCGCCAAUAGGAAGGAACAAGUACCAGUCUGCAAAAAGUCUUUAUAAACGUAUCUCAAAUUGUGUGGAAUAACCUCACAGCCAUGAAUCAAGCAACAAGAAGACUGUGUGGGACUUAAAAGGGAGGAGUUGGGGAACCUCAUGAAAGUAUUAUAAUAUAAUAACAAACACAAUGAAGACCUGUAACUUUGAAGAGUUUGUGUGGUGGAAUAAUCUACCAAAUAAAAAUGUUAAUACUGUAGAGCGAAAUAAUACUGACAGCCAUAAUGAGAAUAGAAGAUACUAGUUAUAACAGUGAGAUUAAUGAGUUCAAUGCAAACAGUCAGCUGUACUUUGUAGGAGGUGGAGCUCUCAGUUGCCACUUUUGUAAAUUGUGCAUUUUGUUCAUAAAUAAAUAUUGUAUAUUUAUUA